AUAAGUCCCCAAAAGGAAUUCUAAAGGUUGCAACUUACGAUGAAAUAAGUCCCCAGGGCUGCGAGCGGGGGAGUUCAACUUCUACUUCUACAUUCAAAUCCUUUCGCCUCUUCCUCUUCCUCUCUUCUUCUGCAAGUUGAUACGAAAUUCUCUCUGGUUCGUUCAGAUCCUAACGACAUUCGGAAUCUUGAGCUUAUUUGGUCUCUUUCCUCUGUUUUGUUUGCUGCUGCUAUUUAAGUUUACAAAUUACAAGGAAGUAAAAGGACGGGAUUCUGAAACAGCUUAUACCAUUUACCUUCACAACCUCACUAGUCUUAAGCUUUGAAGAAGAAAGAUUGAGAAGUAUUCAGGUUAAUGAGGAAGAUCCCUGACUGAGAAUACUGAGGUUGCUAGGAGUAUAAGAUCCCUAAAUUUAUUUCAUCUGCGGAGUUACAUUACAGUAGAUUAAAGCAGGUGAUGGAAAUGGCUGUUUGCGAUGCAAAGGCUAGUUUGGAAAAGAAAAGGAAAAAAGGACAUACAAUGAGGGGUAACACUAAUGACGGAGAUUGUGGUCCUACUGAAGAUAAUGCUUCAACAGAUAAUAAUGUUUCUCAAGAAUCGCUGAACAAAAUAUGCUUAAAUAUGGAGCCAGGAAUGGUGCAAUCUCAUUUAGAAGUAAAUCUUACAGAGGAAAAGAAUGAGAAGAAGCGUGUUGCUUUACAAUGUGGAGAAGGUUCUGGAAUAUCUCUCUCGACCAUAUUGAACGUUGAGGUUCUUAAAGAAGAAAAUGAGAUGUCUACUUCCCUAACUGAAGACUUUUGUUCGGCCGAUGGAAAGGAAAAUUCUUUAGUUCCUGAGGAUCCAGAUGUGAUAGGCACGAAUAUGGUCAAAAGAGAUGAUGAAAAUGCAGAGACUAUAGAUCAUUCAAUUCCUUCAAGCCAUGUUGAAACACAAGGGAUAAUAAAAAUAAAAUGCCAUAGUGAAAAGGAAAGGUCAUUAGAGUCCCCUAAAAAAAGUUUGGAAUCCAAUGCGGAGGGCGAAAAGAAAGUUUCUCUAUUGACCCAUCCUCAUGAAGCGGAAACAACUGGCCACCUUAUAACUUUUGCAAAAGAAGAGAACGGGAUGUUGUUGGAAGAAUCAAUUGACUGCUCAAUUAGUUUAGAAACAGAGUUGUCAUCAAAUACAAAAGAAAGCUCUAUGGUAAUUGCAGAUGCUCAUAAGUUCAAGGAUUUUGAAAAUACAUCGAUGACUAGAAAAGAUGAUGACAGCUUAGAGACUAAAGAUCGUUUGGCUCAAUCAAACAGUGAUGAUAUCCAUGGUCAAAUGAAAAGAGAGAGAGAAAAAAGUCGGAGAAGGAGAAAGUUUGCAGAUACCCUUGAAGGAAGUUUGAAUUCUGAUGCGGAAGACAAUAAGAAAAAUGCUACUUACAGCUGUUUAAAUGAAGUGGGUGCAACUAGUUUGCAUGAAUAUUCUUCCACCACUGAGCUAGUAACAAAUGCUUUGGUGGAAGAAGUGUCCUUCAACAGCUCCCUGGGUGUACUCACAUCAGAUGUGAAGGAGAGAGGGGAAACCAUAAAUCAAAAGGUUCCUCGCUCAUUGGCUUGUGAUGCAACAAGUGAUAUCAUCGGUGCUGUUCUAGAGAAAAACAGUUUAUCACGGAUAUCAAAUUCUUCAAAUGAAAGAGAUGCAACGGGUUUUCCAAAGAAAAAACUUCUAAUACUUGAUGUAAAUGGACUUCUCGUAGAUUUUGUUCCAUAUUUUCCAGAUGGAUACACUCCAGACAUUGUAAUAUCAUCUAAAGCAGUGUUUAAAAGGCCCUUCUGUGAUGACUUUCUACAGUUUUGUUUUGAGAGAUUUGAAGUGGGGAUAUGGUCAUCAAGAACCUGGAAGAACCUAAACACGUUAGUUAAGUUUAUUAUGAGAGAUUCCAGACACAAGCUACUAUUUUGCUGGGAUCAAUCGCACUGUACAACUACAAGGUUCACCACUAUUGAGAACGAUAGGAAGCCCCUUGUUCUGAAGGAACUGAAAAAAAUAUGGGAAAGUUUGGAACCGAAUCUUCCAUGGAAAAAGGGGGAGUAUAAUGCAUCAAAUACUUUGUUGUUGGAUGAUACCCCAUACAAGGCCUUGCGCAAUCCAGCUAAUACUGCAGUAUUUCCCCCUACAUAUAGGUACAAGGACAGUGAUGAUACAUCAUUAGGACCUGGUGGUGAUCUUCGCACAUACUUGGAGGGUGUAUCUACGGCAGAAGAUGUUCAAAAAUAUGUUGAACUUAAUCCAUUUGGUCAAAAGCCCAUUUCUGAAUCUAGUCCAUUUUGGAAUUUCUACCGUACCGUUAUAAAUAGUGAGAGGGAAACAUGUAGGUAAUCAUUGGCUCAAGUGUGAAGUAGGUUCUAACUUCCUAUAUCUUAUGCUCUGGAGGCAUUUCCGUUUCAGGAUACCCACAUGCUGAUAUGGUUAAUUCUCGCAAGGACAUGACCAUAUUUUUAAGACUGGUUCACAUGGUUCUUUGUUAUAUAAUAGUUGGAUGAAGUGGCUUGCCUUUCAAGACUAGAAGCCUUUGUUCCCCUCUAUAUUUUCACUAGAUUAUAUGCGUCUUCGUGGGAAAUUUUGUAAACUAAUUUGUUGAUUUCACUAGACUAUAUGAUAUUUACUUGUAAUUGUAUUCAAGCAUACAGAGUUUCUUUUUUUUUCUUGGGUUCCUGGGGUUGAGCAAUCUAACUUUUCUACAGAGGAUCAAAUACAGCUAGAAAUCUAGUUUACUCUAUUAAGAGACUUUGCAAUGUACUUUGACGCUUAUGAAGAUUAAUUCUGCGCUCUGCAAUGUUUGGAUUCAAGAAAGCUAUUUUGACUUUAA